GUAGCUUUAAACGAGGAGAUCCCAUUGCGAUUGUAUAUACGAGAUGCUAACGGUACAGUGUUCAGCGUAGACGAUGUAACGACAAUGCAAAUCAGUCUUGAAAUGAGCUCGCAAGCAUCGGAUUUGAUUUCAGUUAUAAGAGAAGACGCAUUGAACUAUCGUAUUCGUGGUGUUACCAUUGGUACAGUGACGUUGAGCGCCACUGUGAGAUCAGCAUCACAACAUGAACUGCGCAGUGUAGAGCAUGAAAUGCAGGUGUUUGCACCGUUGCGUUUAUUACCUGAAAUGAUAACACUCGUGCCAGAAUCGCAAUUCCAGGGUGUCGAAGAAAUUCGUUGCUUUAUUGUCAUUUUGUAUAUGGAGAGAUUUAUGCAAGGAUUGCGAAUAAUUGAUGUGAUGUUAUGCAGUUGGAAGUGA